GUAAGAACCGGACUUAGACAGGGGGAUGCCUUGUCGCCAGUACUUUUUAAUUUAGUAUUAGAGAAGGUGAUCCGAGAAAUAAAUAUUGGAAGAGAUGAAUGAGUAAGAAUGGAUAGAACUUGCUUUAGUCUGCUCGCCUACGCGGACGAUAUAGUCUUGCUAGGGGAAGAGGAACAAAAAGUGGUAGAAUUAUGCGGCAGGUUAAUAGAAUCGGCAAAGAAGGUAGGGCUACAUCUCAACAUAGAGAAAACACAGUACAUGAAAGUUAGUAAGGAACUAGAUAACCUUCAGGUAAUCGAAACCAUAACAGUUGGUCAGUACAAGUUCAAAAAAGUGGAAGAGUUCAAAUACCUGGGCACGAUUCUAACACAGAAAAAUGAAUGUCAAAUCAAAAUUCAACAAAGAAUAAAAAUGGGAAAUAAAUGCUUCUAUGCACUUGGUAAACUACUAAGCUCGAAAGUCCUGUCAAAAGAGGUUAAGACUCAGCUGUACUUGACAAUCAUACGACCAAUAGUCAUGUAUGGUUCACAAUGCUGGACGUUACGAAAGACUGAGGAGGACAGAUUAGCGGUUUUUGAGAGGAAGGUACUUCGUAAAAUAUAUGGACCUAUAUAUGACCAAGUUUUUCAAGGAUGGAGAAAAAGGCAUAAUCAAGAACUGACGGAGCUUUUCAAUAGACCAAAUAUUAUAAACGAGAUCAAGCGGAGUAAGCUGGAAUGGGCAGGCCACGCAGUUAGGAAGCAAGAUUCAAUGGUUCAAAGGGUACUCCAAGAAAACCCAAGGAAAAAAAGACCACUGGGUAGACCAAGGCUACGCUGGGAAGAUGGAAUUAAAAAAGAUUUCCUAAGUGCUGGUGGAGUGGAAUAUAAUCACAUGGAUUGGAAGGAGGUAGCAGAGAAUAGAGAAGAAUGGGGAAGGAUUUGUUUUAUGGCAAGAUGGUCUCAAAGGCCUUAA